GAUGAGCGUCUUUCAGGUGAUGCUUCUUGUGUGACGUAUAAUGGACUGGACGAACGCUUCUUCAGGAACAACAACACGGAUACUAUUUCAACCACCUGGGUAGCUUGCUAGCCAACAUAAAAGUUAAAUAUUGACUUUUUAGACCAUGUUAAUGUGCAUUAGCUAAUCGCAGUGUUUAAAACACAUUUCAGUUGACGUUAACUUGAACCUAAUGUGCUUGUUCAAUUUGCAAAUUUGUUAAAGAUUGAUACUGAGCCUAGCACUAGGCUAUUCGCUAAUGCUAACUAGCUAGCUAACAUCCCUGACCAUGAGCUCAUUAAACUACUCAUCCCCUGCUAAAGAAGUGGAUGUCUGCUGUCCGGAGAAAGAAGCUCUGGCGCUGAACAUUGUCGUGAAAGACGAAGAGGAGGAUAUUACAGUGAAAGGAGAGAAAGAAGCUCUGGCGCUGAACAUUGUCGUGAAAGACGAAGAGGAGGAUAUUACAGUGAAAGGAGAGAAAGAAGCUCUGGCGCUGAACAUUGUCGUGAAAGAUGAAGUGGAGGAUAUUACAGUGAAAGGAGAGAAAGAUGCUCUGGCGCUGAACAUUGUCGUGAAAGACGAAGAGGAGGAUAUUACAGUGAAAGGAGAGAAAGAACCUUUCAGAAUGAAAAAGGAGGAAGAGGAGGCUGUUAUAGGGAAAGAAGAGAAAGCAUCCUCUUCCUCUCUAAAAGGUUCUAUCUCAGUAAAGGUGAAGGAGGAAGAGGUUUUGGGAGUGAAAGAGGAGGAGACAGAAUAUCAGAUUAACACCAGAGAGAGACAUGACUAUCGUGGAUCCUCUGGGGAGACUCAACAUCCUGAAGCUGACGAGGCAGAGAAGAGUCUCUCCAUUUCAGAACACCAGAUGGACAACGCUAGCCCUUCCUCCCUCCCGGAGUCCCUGUAUCGUGCCUCUCCCGGUAGCACCUUACUGCUGGGUAUGAAGAGGUUGUCUGUGCUGCCGGUGGACUGCAGGAAAACAACGGGGCUGAGUGGAACUGUGAGAGGAGGAGAAGAGAAGAAAGGAUCAGAUUUGACUCAUCAAAGAGAAAGACCAGACUCAGAGGAACCAGAGCCAUGGACGUCCAAACCAGCAAGACGACACCAGUGCUCCCAGUGUGAAAAGAGUUUUAAACAGAAAGCACAACUGAAAAAACAUGAGAGAAUACACACAGGGGAGAAGCCUUACCACUGCUCCCAGUGUGAAAAGAGUUUUAAACAGAAAGCACAACUGAAAAAACAUGAGAGAAUACACACAGGAGAGAAGCCUUACCGCUGCUCCCAAUGUGGAAAGUGUUUCGGCCGUUCGGAGGAGCUGAAACAACAUGAGAGAAUACACACAGGAGAGAAGCCUUACCACUGCUCCCAGUGCGGAAAGAGUUUUUACCAGAAAGCACACCUGAAAGCUCAUGAGAGAAUACACACAGGGGAGAAACCUUACCUCUGCUCCCAAUGUGGAAAGUGUUUCAACCAUCCAGGGACGCUGAAACGACACGAGAGAAUACACACCGGAGAGAAGCCUUACCACUGCUCCCAAUGUGGAAAGUGUUUCGGCCGUUCAGAGGAGCUGAAACAGCAUGAGAGAAUACACACAGGAGAGAAGCAUUACCACUGCUCCCAGUGUGGAAAGUGUUUCAACCAUCCAGGGACGCUGAAACGACAUGAGAGAAUACACACCGGAGAGAAGCCUUACCACUGCUCCCAGUGUGGAAUGUGUUUCAACCAUUCAGGGAUGCUGAAAUGGCAUGAGAGAAUACACACAGGAGAGAAGCCUUACCACUGCUCCCAAUGUGGAAAGUGUUUCGACCAUUCGGAGGAGCUGAAACAACAUAAGAGAAUACACACAGGAGAGAAGCAUUACCACUGCUCCCAGUGUGGAAAGUGUUUCAACCAUCUUUGGAUGCUGAAACGACAUGAGAGAAUACACACCGGAGAGAAGCCUUACCACUGCUCCCAGUGUGGAAUGUGUUUCAACCAUUCAGGGAUGCUGAAAUGGCAUGAGAGAAUACACACAGGGCAGAAGCCUUACCACUCCUCCCAGGGUGCAAAGCUUUUGCCCAUAUAAGAAGCCUGAAAGAAAACAUUAGACUGCACACAGAGGAGAAGGCUUAGAAAAUCUCAGACUGUGGGAAAACAUAUUACUCAUAAAAGUCAUUUAAGAGAAAUUACUUCUCUUAGCGUGUAUAUUGAUAUUUCACAUCACAUUGACUUAAAAUUCAUCAGAGAACAUACACAGUGCUCCCGUUGUCUUAUAUUGUUGACUGACAAUGUGUUUACCUGUCUUUACCAUAUGAAAUUAAAUGGUACAGGGUAUACUCAAACAUAUAUUUGUUUGUUUUUAUUAGAAAACAUGAAUUGAAUAUGGAGUAUGUCAGUUUGAAUAUAAAGAAGAUCAGGUUCCUUGUUUUAAAUGGUCCUUUUUUUAAACUCUGGGUGUUUAUCUGGGUGUGUCAUUCCUCCAGCACUACAGAUAAUCAAGUGAUAUUUGGAUGUGAUGCAUUAGUUCCAUUGUUGACAUUUGCAUUGUCGCCCACUGAUGAUUUAAUUAAAUGAAAAUGUUCAGACUCUGUAAUGGAAAAUGUUAAUUGUUUGUGUGUCCACAUAACUGAGUAUGUGACUAACCUUGUGAAACUGUCCUAUUAUAAUCUCCUCUUCUUGGGACUAUCAUUCUGCGUUGCAAACCAGCUGCACCUGCAUCCUUGUAUGAAUAAAGUCCCUCCCAGAAACAGGAAACUAUAAAGAUAUGUGCUCAUCACCCAAUGCUUCAGGAAUUCAGACUGUCUACACUGCGCUGUGUAACUCUGUUAUUCUCUCUGAGCUCAGAAAUAAAGAAUCUUGGUUUGA